CGUAUCAAAAGUCGAUUUUAUUACGACAUCAAUAUAGAAACUAAUAUUUACCAGUCUAUUCAUUCAAAAUAAUACACGAUAAAGGUCCAGAUAAAGAAAUGAAUGUAAGAAAUUACAAUCCCUUCUUUUUAAAUUGGGCGUUAUCGUGUCCGUUAUCUUUCUCGCAUUCAGUACAUAUCAAUGUUAUCUGUAAAACGCCUCCCAAAUAUUAAAUACGUAGCCUACAAAUGACUGAAUGUUUCUGAAUAAUACUUAAGAUUAGUGAAUUUUACAAUUGGCAAUGUUUUGUUUAAAGUCAAAGCCAGAUUUCGUGAUUUUCGUCAAAGCAAGGUGUGUAUCGAAACGCACGAUCUAGACUGUAAGGAAAUAGAAGAAAUGAAGACGUCCCGUAGAGCAUGUGGUGUUGUUAUCGUCUUGCUUACACUUACGAUAAGAGUGUCUGCUACAACUAAUGGAACCUCAUCUAGCACAAAUACAACAACAACAACACAUUUAAUAGGAACACCAGGCUCAGGGAUUGCAGCUGGAAAUACAAGAAAGUCAACGACUUUACCUCCAAAAACAACAACAGCUUUAUCAUCAUCACCACCACCAACAACAACAUCGGCUGCAACAACAAUUACACCUAUCUCUACAACACCAAAAUCACCACCGACAAAAAUAAGUGAAUCAAUAACAAAAACAAAAACAACAUCACCUCAACCACCAGCAACACAAACAUCGCAACUAACAACAAAAUCAUCAUUAUCACCCCCACCACCACCACCACCAUCAUCAUCACCACCAACAACAAAAACAACAUCACCUCAACCGACAGCAACACAAACAUCAUCCACAACAAAACAAACAUCGCAACCAACAACAAAAUCAUCAUCACCACCACCACCAUCAUCACCACCAUCAUCAUCAUCAACAACAACAACAACAUCCUCAUCAUCACUAUCAACUACUGUGAAACAAAACGGAAGUACAACAUUACCAGCCGGAAAUACAAAAUCGUCAAGCGUUCAAAAAACAAAUGCAUCAGUCACUAGCAAAAUUGUAACAACAAAACAGCUACAAAACAAAACUACAGCUGUAGCAAACACGAUGCCAUCUACAUCACACGUGACAUCAACAUCUGUUAAAUCAGUAGAGGCAAGAAAAUCUACAACAGGUCUUAAAACGACAGGAAAACCUUCAACAGUAACUAAUUCAAAGACGGAUUUAAAUCCACCAACUUCUGUAACCGCCUUAAAUCAAUCAAUGUUUUCCACUAACAAAGCUACGUCUUCGGGUAAUCUGGAUCAAACUACCGAUGGUUCUAAACCGGCUUCUAAAGGAACGACUACAACUUCUAAAAAUGAGCCUGGCACCGCAGAAAAGUCAACAAGCUUCGAUCGGGACUUAGCGAUUAUUUUUGGCUCGGCUUGUGGCCUUAUGUUGAUUGUCAUAAUCGCUCUGUGUAUAUCAAGAAAAAGACAUAUCGAGAAACAAGAACAGUUUAUGAUGGGUGGACAUGAUAUAGAAAUUACGUCAUCAAAGUUUUGAAACUGUUAAAGUGUCUUCAUCUGUGUGCAUUUGAAAACUUUCUGUCAUUUCUUGAUGUUAUUGUUUUAAAUGAUAUCAAACAUAAGAAAUGUUUAUUAAGACGAUUUUGGAUUUCUUCGCAAAAUUUUGAAAAUGUUUUAUGUUAUUGUGAAGAAAUUGCUGUUAAGAUUUUGUCGUCUGCUACACAGUUGUAUUGAUCAGCGGGUGAAACAAUCACCAAAAAUUACUUCUAUUGCAACACAGAGGCAUUAUUUAAUAUCAACAACUCGCUUCUGGAUUAAAUAUGUAUAACGAAAUAAUAAGAAAUUGACAAAGCCAGAAACAUUAUGUACAUAUACAUGUUUUUCUAUGUCAUUGUUAACGGUUUGUUCAUGUAUAAGUUUGCUUUGCUUUUUUCUGCAUUUUAAUUGUUUUCUUUACAUCUGAAUUUUGCUUCAUAAAAAUAUAUGGAAGAACCCUAAUAAUUAUUCUUCUCCAAAUGAAAAUCAGCCUCAAUGUCAUUAGUUUCUGACCGAUGUCCGAUCAAAUUGGCCUAUUUAAAGAAAAGGGACAUAACUCACUUAAUACUAAGUUUCGUUAUAGCUUUUGAUACACUCCCUUUAGUUGUGUUAAAUAUUUUUAUGUGUUUUUCAUGUAAUGACAGCGUUCCUUUAUUUAAGUUUGUUUUAGUUUUAAAUGAGUUUGUUUACAUGUGAUCUGUCGUUAUAAAAAAGAAGAAAAUACUUUUAAAAAAUGUGAAUAAAUUCAUGUCGUUUUU